UCUACACGACCAACUUAUUUGUUAUAAGCUCUAAACAAUUUUAAAGAAAGGACAUCGGAAAAAGAUUCAGUUAAUAUACCGAAAGCGUUACAAUGUCCGACCAAAUAACAAUCGAUCCCUACCAAAGACUUCAGAUUGUACAGAAUGACAACGGAACAAUCACUCGAUUAUACAGACCUCCAGAUGCUCCCACUGCACCUGAUCCCACUGUAUCUAGUGCACCUAUAGUUCUUUCCAAAGACAUCACCCUUGACCAGUCAAAAUCCACCUGGCUCAGAGUUUUCAUACCCCGGAAUGCACUGGAUAAUAAACUCCUACUACCUCUCAUUGUCUAUUUCCAUGGGGGUGGGUUCAUACUUUUCAGUGCAGCCUCAACCCUUGCUCAUAAUUACGCUUUCAACUUAGCUUCCGAAAUCUCUGCCGUUGUGAUUUCUGUCGAGUACCGUCUAGCUCCGGAGCACCGCCUGCCGGCGGCGUUCGAAGACGCCAUGGACGCACUGUAUAGUAUCAGAACCGCCGAAGAUGAUUGGUUGAGAAACCACGCUGAUUUGUCAAACUGCUUCAUCAUGGGGGGCAGUGCCGGAGGGACAAUAGCAUACCAUGCUGGACUUCGGGCUACGGCUGAGGCCCAACAUCUCGGGCCCAUGAAGAUCCGUGGGUUGAUAUUACAUCAGCCAUUCUUUGGUGGGGUUCAGAGAUGUGAGUCGGAGUUGAGGCUGGUCAAUGACGCUGUUCUUCCGCCUUGUGUUAGUGAUUUGAUGUGGGAGCUGGCUUUGCCUCAGGGAGCUGACCGUGAUCACGUGUAUUCGAAUCCGACGGUGAAUGAUGGUUCAAAGGCCUUGGAGAUUAUCAAGUCGUCGGAAUGGAAGGUAAUGGUUGCAGGAUGUGAUGGGGACCCACUUUAUGACCGUCAGAUUGAACUUAUGAAAAUGUUAGAGAGAAAGGGUGUAAAGGUGGUAGGUCACUUUGGUGUUGGAGGAUAUCAUGGGGUUGAGGUGGUUGACUCCUCCAAGGCGAAGCUACUCAACUUGGCUAUAAAAAGUUUCAUGUGUCAUUAGAGAUCUGCUUGGAGACGAUAUCAUUAGUUUUAUUUUAAGUUGUAUUUUGUGUUAAUGUUUUGGUUGAUAUUUGCUAGUAAAUAAGGAUUGAAUUUUGGGACUUGGUGCAUAAUUUAAUUGCGGAUGAAAAUAAGUAAAUUUCCAUGUUUUCAAUUUUGUAUAUUGUGCAAAAUUUAUUUUAAGUUGCAUUUUGUGUUUUGUCAGUUGUUUUGGUUGAUAAUUGCUAGUAAAUAAGGAUUGUAUUGUGGGAAUUGGUGCAAAAUUUAA